AUGAACAGCCUCGGCCGCAGUGACAAGUUCAGCGGCCUCUUUCCCUUCGAGUCCGGACCGAAGGAAGCGUUUGGACCCACGAACCAUGAGAUGAGGGAAUCGCACAACCGUUCCAUGUCCAUGGCCGAGGAUAUCAACUCGCUGCGCAGUAACCUACUCCGCGACCUCGACUACAGGCUGCAGAUGCACCUGUACAGCCCCUACCUAUACCCACAAGCCGCCCAAUCGCAUUCCACUCCCCAAGCUCCGUCAUUGGAUUACUGGCAGGCUCAGCUUUCCUAUCAGCCAGCUGGAGGUUUGCCACCUGUGCCGACUCACCAGAUGCCAUACUACUACCCGUACACACAGCCAGUCCCAUUCCACCCAUAUCCGCAGCCACCGCCUCCGUCUCUCCCACCCCUCCAGGUACCUUCGUUCGAAGUAGCCCCAGCCGUCCUCGGUAGCGGGGCUUCAUGGUCGACCGCCUCCACCUUCCCAUUCGCACCACCGAAGCUUGCCCCAAGUAUCCCUUCCACCCCUAGCUGCGAUCACUUCGGGUGUCAAUGGCCCGGAGACAAGACUUCUCCCGCGGGGUCUGGGCGAGUGCAUCUCAAUGGCAGGGGCCUCCUCGAUGGACUUCGGAGCAAGGCAAGCCGCAGCCGCUUACUGAGACUGGAGGAACUGGAGAGGCGCAUUGCGGCCCUGGAGAUGGAGCGAUACCAACACCACGCCCCUUCGAUUCACGAGCGGGGAUCAGCAUCGCUCUUUCCGCCAAUGUCCUCGCAUACACCGGCCGCACCCUUCCUGACAAACGGAGGUCCGCCGACCAUCGCUCGGCAGCAGCCCUCCUUGGCUCAGCAAACGGCACCCUUCCUGCCUUUGCCUCUCACCUCCAUCCACAGCUUGCCUGACUCACCCUCGACUCGUCCCCGCCAUCUGAUGCCAUCAAGUAGAUCGGAGUGGCCACAUGCACCCCCAGCAAUUCCGUCCGAGGAGACAAAGGUGGAGCCUGCUCCUCUGGUACCUCAGCGCACUCGUCGCCCGGAUGAGUACUGGGGGAAUGUGUGUCAGGGCAUACAUGAACGACCUGCGAGUGAGCUGUCCUCUGGAUGGCUGGAGCUACCCAUCGCAACCACAGACCGCUCGGCCAGGAACAGGGGCGGAAAGCCUUGUUCCAACGGUUCGACCGAGCAGGAUUCGGAGAGCACGGACGACGAGAUGAUGCUAGCCAGAAAGUCGGUGGUCCAAGCUGUAUCGACAGAGGACAAGCCUGGUUCGUCAGCGCCCGUUCAGAACGAAAAGGUGGCAGUAUACAGUGAGAAAUCAUCGCAAACCGUUGACAGGCGUGUCACGGUCGAGGACGUCCCCGAUGGAUCGUAG